GUAGGAGCUUCCGUGAGGUCCUUGAAUGCAGCGUCGGUUUCCAGGGAGUGGCCCCUGCACCUGUCCGACCUGUUUGGGGGACACAUGACUCCGAAGGAAUUUCCUCCGCUGCUCCCGUCCUUUGUUGAGCGGAGUCUGUUUAGUGGGAGACAGAGGGUGAGAGCCAGAGGAGAGGGGGAGAUAGAGAGAAGACAGAGGGAGAUAUAGAGAUGUCGGAACCAGCCACUAACCCCGCUGCCACCUCGUUCCCUGCGCCAACUAUUUCUCUACCUUUGGGACUGGAAGUACUGAGAACUUACUCUGGAGCUCUUGUCUGUGUAGAAAUAUUAUUUGGUGGUCUAGUAUGGAUCCUGGUGGCUUCCUCCAAUGUGCCCGUGCCUCUGCUGCAGGGCUGGGUGAUGUUUGUCUCCCUCACCACCUUCUGUCUCUCCACCGCCUACCUCAUGCUCCUCCUCACCGGCCUGGCUGACCGCAUCAACACUGACUGGAAUUCCUUGGAUGUGAUUUACCAUUUUGUCGCUGUGCUUUUCUACUUUGCUGCCUUCGUUUUGGAGGCAGCAACGACAGCAGCAAACGGAGGAGCUCAUGUCAAGCCCCUGCCUAAUAGCACUGACACUGUCAUGUGUAUAACCUACCCUCGGGGCAAUAUAUUCACAGUCCUGAGUGACAGGCAAUACAGUAUUAAUGUGGCAGCCACGAUAUUUGCAUUUGUGGUGACACUAUGCUAUGGCUGCAGUCUGGUGAUGGGCUUCAAGAGGUGGAGGAUGUAGCCUUGAAAACCAGCGUAAACUAGUUUUGUAACUGCUUCAUAACUUCAGCAUGUAUUUAAACAUCAGCCACACUAUCCAGAGCUCGACAGAGAGCAUGGCUAUUGAGUUCAGUUCAGUGCAAACUUUGUUAUUUCCUGAUGGGAAACAGCAAAGCUUUAGAUGAUAAAAUUUCUGCCUUAGUCAACACAUUUGUUAAGAUUUCUGGACAAUAUUAUUCCUACAGGUUUCAAACAGGUUCAGUCUGGGCUGUUUAAGUCAUUUUAAAUAAUAGCAGUCUACAAUGUUCACAUAACUUUAUAUAUGAACACUCUGAGGCAACACAGAGUGAUUUUGCAAGAUGCAAUUAAUGCUUGUGACAGUUAUGGUUUUGUUUUGCCACCCACUUUGUUAAUCAUACAAAUAUUUCCCCAUACUCUGUGUAACAUCCUCGUUGGAGGGAAUAUUUCCCAUUUCCAAUACCAAGAAAUAUGCCAAUGUAUGCUGCUAUAAGUUAGUAUGCACAGCUAAACGUUAAUGUGAUGCAAUUUCAUCGAAAGACUUUAAUAUUGCCCCAUUUCCUGAGUCACAUCCUCAUUGGAGGGAAUAUUUCCCAUUUUUAAUACCACAAAAAAUGCUUCUGCAUGCUGCUAAUCGGUUAUGCACUACAGAACAGUAAUGUGAUAGUGCAAUUUGUUUGAAAGAGCCUUUAAGGCAAUGUGACGUUUUCACUGUCCUCCAGUAACCUUGGUGCUAAGAAGCUGUAAAAUCACUCUAUGUUGAAAGCUGGAGUGCUGAACUUUGUCUCCCCCCUCUGGCAGUGAGAGUAAUUACACAAACACUGUUGAAGUGUGCUUAUGAUGAAUGCCUGCAGGUGAACUUGAGCUUUUGUUUUUUACUUGUUUUUAUGUAGAUGAAGAGCUUUUGGAAAGGUGCAAAAUGAAAGUAUUGUUUUUCCUAAAAAAUAUAUUGUGAAUUAAUCAUUUUUUAAUUUUUGUGGGGCAAAUGGUCAGCUCAAUGUCUGCCCGGUUGCCAUGAGCUAACACUUACACCAAAAUUGCCCAUCUUUGUUGCUAAAUCUGUUAAUAACUGUUAGGUAACGUUAGCUGUAGGAUGCUAACAGUUUGCCCUGUAAAUCUGUGUGUGCAACAGACUCUGUCCCCGGUGUGGAGCUCACACUCCUGCAGCAGCAGUCUCCUAGCGGAUGUAGACACAGGGGGACCACAGAUGUUUCACAAUAAACAGAGCAAGAGCAGGACAGAUCAUAGAAUAAAGGUACUAUAUGCCAGCACAGAGUCACUCUCCACUCGACCAUGACACGUGCAGGUUGUGCAAUAAACGGGCAACUACUUAUGCUUCGAGCAACAGCACUGUGGUGAUAUUAAUGCAACAAAAGAGGGAAAGGGGAGUGUGACAUCUUGUAGCUAUUAGCUGCUUUAAUCCUUCCUCUGAAUGCCAAGCUACCUUUCUAACUGGAGCAUCUACACCAGAAACUUUUCUCAAACGCUUCCUAUUUUCCUCCAGGGUCCUAGCUAAUCUUCAAUCGCUAUUGUCUCUCCCCCCUUCCUGCCUAUUUAGCUCUGGCUGGUUGACGUAAAACGCAUCACUUGUGUGCUAGCACAAUAAAUUUGCCGCAGACAUUACAGACAAGGGUGGCAUGGUGGUUCGGUGGUUAGCACUGUCACCUCACUGUCACUUCACUGGGUACUCCGGCUUCCUGCCACAGUCCAAAGAAUGGCAUGAAUGGUUGUCUGUCUCUAUGUGUC